AUGCACACACAGCAGCGAAAGACCCUGAAGGAGAACGAGAAGACGAGCGUGCCCCUCACCUCAGGCGACCACGGUUCCUGUUCUUCCACCCGACCCGACCCACAAGACCGUCCCGCCCCGUCCACAUCACUUGGGCAGUCUCGGUCAUGGACAAUCAGCAUGUGCUCUCCCAACGUUCACUAUGAACACUUUUUCCACCAGGCCUCGGCAUCGUCUCGUCAGCUCAGCGACAUCAGCCACGGUCUAUCUCAGACUAAGCUUGCCGGACCGUCCUCUCUGCAAACAAGAGCAUCCGGCGGUGCUUCUCGCGAUACGCUGCUGAGCCACACGAUCAAUCAUUACUCUUCGGUUCUAUCUUUGGCAGUGGACGAGAAGCGCAAUGUGCUCUACUCAGGCUCACAGGAGGGCUAUAUCAAUGUCUGGGAUCUUGGCACCUUCCAGUCUACUGCUCAACUGCAAGGCCACACCGGCAGUGUUCUUGCGCUAGAGCUAGCUCCUGAGAAGAACUGGCUCUUCAGUUCCUCUGGCGACAACACGGUGCGGAUAUGGGACACAGUCACCAACGCUCCGCUGUUCGUGGUGCUGCCAGCCGAAGACAGCGUUGGUGACAUCUUUGCGCUCAAAUGGUGUUCCAUUCUUGAGACGCUCUACAUCGGUUGUCAAUCAACAUCGAUACAGUGGAUCUGCCUCGCUGGAUUCGAUAAACGAGGCGGAAGCGCGAGAGGAACACUCGGAACUGUCGGCGAGUCAAGUAGGAAGCAGCCCGAUGGCGACUCUUCUGCCAUCGGAGUCACCGAACGUGGCGGCACGGAUAGUCCGAUCAUCUCGACCCCGGACGUGACGGCUCGACCGCACAAGUUCUUUGACUCAGUUCCCGUCGCGCUCAGCAGGUCAGGCAUGGGAACGGCAGGCACUUCGACCCCGACACGCACCAGCACAAGGCCAGCUGCUGUCUCAGCACUCAGCAGCGCCAAACUCGCUACGCAUUCGAAGAACUCGCCGUUGGCAGGCUCCGACCAAGGCACCUUCUCGAACGGCGCUCUCUCUACUGCAGGAUCGACGGAAAAGGUGCUUCACGCCGCAUCACAGCGCCUCGACAGUGCAGCUGUCUCCUCUUCUCCUGCGAUGGACGCAGCCGACUCGACUGACGAUGCGCACUCCGAUUCUGUUCGCACGCUGCUCGUUCCCUCGACUUCAUCAGUUGUCUCUGCCCACUUUGGCUACGUCUACUGCCUCGCUUUGCUCACUCUGGAAGGAGACACUCAGCAUCCUACGGUUCUCGCAUCGGGCUCGGGCGACGAGACCAUCAAGCUCUGGCACGCAACUCGUUCAGGCCUCUCUCUCCUCGCAACCCUCGAAAGCCCCAACGCGGAUGGCAACGCCGUCCUUGCGCUUGCUUCGUGGAAGACCACCCUCUUUUCAGGACUGCAGGGCGGAGAGGUCGAAGUGUGGGACCUCGAGACGUGCACCUUGGUCCGCACCAUCCGAGCGCACACCGACGAUGUCAUCUGUGUCGAGACUUGUCCAGAAUCGGGUCUGCUCUUCACGGCCGGCGCAGAUGGAAAGGUGCAUACUUGGGAUCGAUCGUUCCGAUGCGUCAGCAGGGUACAAGCUCAUGAAGGCAUCGUUCUUUCGCUGGCAAAGCUUAAGAGCUACGACUCAAGAAGCAUGGUUACAGACGAUGACGGGGCAGACACUACGAACGACACGCACAGCAAAAUCUCUCAGCUAAUCACAGGGUCAAGCGACAACCUCAUCAAAAUUUGGGAUGCCUCUCCCGGUCAGCAACCAGCAUCGUUCUCCUCAAGCAAGGAAGAUACUUGUACAGCACUCAGACGAGAAGCACAGCGGCGCUCUUUCGAAAAUACUUCCCCUUCGCUCAGCUCGACGCCAAUCGCCGCCACCACCAUACGUGCAAAUGCAGCCGGAACAGAGCCUUCAUACCCUCUCACAAUCACGACAAACGGCAACACAGAAGAGGCUGCUUCAGCACAGUGGCCGCUCCUCCGGUCGCUUUUGCGCAAGUUCAUCUCCUAUCCCAGCAUCAGCUCGAGCGAGGAGCACAGGGAAGACUGCCGACAAGCGGCUCACUUCCUCAAGACCUGUUUCCAGGAGCUCGGCGCCGAAGCUCGCAUCCUCCCCAAUCCAAGAGGAACCAAUCCUUUGGUGCUCGCCACGUUCAAGGCUAACGCCAAGCAAUCCAGGCGACGCCGCACAGCGGCGAACAAUCUCGACCGUUCCAGAAGCACCUCAACGUCCGCAUCUACCUCGACCUCGGCAACCACAGACUCGUCCGAAUCCUACAUGACUGUCGACAGGGAUGCUCUUGACGAGGACGAGGGCGAAGGAGAGGGUCUGAGCGGAUCUGUCAUGUUUGACCAUCUGCAGGACCUUGUCGAGGGAGAAGACGAGGACGAGGAUGGUCGCCAAUCACGACCAAAGCGCAAGAGAAGGUGCCUGUUCUAUGGCCACUACGACUGCAUCGCAGCUGAGGGAAGUUGGACGUCGGAUCCAUUCAUGCUGGAUGGACGAGAUGGAUACCUCUACGGUCGCGGUGUGUCGGACAACAAGGGCCCGAUCUUAGCAGCUGCUUGUGCAGUUCAUCAUCUGCUUUCAACACGUCGACUCCACUCCGAUGUUGUGUUUCUUAUCGAAGGAGAAGAGGAGAACGGCUCGGUCGGCUUCGUCGAGGCAGUCAGAAGGUACAAGAGCGAGAUUGGCGAAAUCGACGUGGUGCUCCUCUCCAACUCGUACUGGCUGGACGAAGAGACACCCUGUCUCACCAUUGGCCUCCGAGGAGUUGUCCGAGCCACCGUCAGCGUCUCGAGCGGCGAUCGCGAUGUCCACUCUGGAGUUGAAGGCGGUGCGAUCCGCGAGCCCAUGGUUGACAUGGUCAAGCUGCUAGCUCGGCUGACCGCAGACGGCGAGGAGGUGGCUCUCCCGGGCUUCUACUCCUCCGUCCGCCCGACAACAGACCUCGAGAUCCAGGCGUACAAAGAUAUCGUGCGCCUCAAGCAAUCCCUCCAAUCGUCUACAUCCAACGCCGGCGAGACGGUGGACUCUCUCAUGGCCAAGUGGCGCAAUCCUUCCCUUUCGGUGCACAACAUCCGCGUCUCCGGGCCCGGCAACUCGACCGUCAUCCCAUCCAGCGUUUCCGCACAAGUCUCCCUCCGUCUCGUACCGGACCAAGACCUGCCCACCAUCGAAGCCUCGCUCCUGGAGCACAUCAACACGACCUUUGACUCGCUCUACCCAACCCUGGCGCGGCCGAGCAUCAAGAACAAGGUGAGCCUGACCGUCGACCACCGCGCCGACUGGUGGCUCGGCUCCGACUCGAGCGAGUACUUCCAGCUCCUCCGCGAGGCGGUCAAGGAGGAAUGGUCCGCAGAGCCGAUCUCGAUUCGAGAGGGUGGAAGUAUUCCCGCCAUUGCGAUUCUGGAGAAGGAGCUGGGUGCGGGCGCGGUGCACCUGCCCAUGGGACAGAGUAGCGAUAAUGCCCAUUUGCCCAACGAGAGGCUGAGACAGAGGAACUUGGUCAAAGGACAGAAUGUUGUUCGGCGAUUCAUUCAGGGCUUGGCGUCGAUAUAG